AUGUUCAGUCUCCGAACUCUUCUUGGUCUCUGCUCCUUAGCAUCAGCCCAUGCCCUAUCAUACAACACCUCAAAAAUCCAGUGGGGGCCAUGCAACGAAACCGAGCUCCCCAGCGAGUACCCCAUCGAGUGCAGCAGACUUCCCGUGCCGCUGGACUACACCAGGCCGAACGCCAGCGAGACCCUCGUUCUUGAGCUUGUCAAGGUUCCCGCCACGGUCAAGCCUUCGAAAGGCAGCAUCCUCCUGAACUUCGGUGGACCGGGAUUGCCGGCACGGGACGACCUCGUCGGUGCUCUGGCGGACCGCCUGUUGGCGCUAAGCGGCCGAUCGUAUGAUCUUGUUGCGUUUGACCCACGCGGAACGGGAAACACCCUGCCAACGGCCUGCUUCGAGCCGGGAUACGAGUCCAAUGAAUUUGCGAACGAUCUCCUCCUCGGCAACCAGUCGGACGUGCAGUUGGGGAGACUCUGGGCACGUGGGACCACGGAGGCCGAGGCGUGCCUCGCAAGGCAAAACGAGACGGGGAGCCUGAUCAGUACGGCGUUUGUUGCGAGGGACUUGAUCAGCACCGUAGACGCACUUGGCGAAGACGGCAUGCUGCGAUACUGGGGCUUUUCGUACGGCACCACGCUCGGGGCGACUGUUUCUGCCAUGUUCCCGGACAGAAUCCACAGGAUGGUCCUUGACGGACAGCAAAACCCGCACGAGUACUACCAUGCUCAAGCGGACUUCCAAGAAUGGACAGACUCAGACAAAGUCUUCUCGGCCAUAUUCUCAGGCUGCGUAGCAGCACCCUCGAACUGCGCCCUGGCCACGGGCAACAACGCAACAGCAGCGGAUCUCGAACACGCCGUCUGGGACCUCGUCGACACCCUCAAGUACCGGCCCCUCGCACUCGGGAGCUACAUCGUGGACUACUCGGUGCUCAAGGGCCUCCUGCAGGCCAGUCUGUACGACAGCGCGGGCUGGCCGCAGCUGGCGACCUGGCUCAACCUGCUGAUCACGAAGCAAUACGCUGUGCUGGAGGACCUCUUAACCGCUGCGUUUCCGACGGACGAAUCCACCGUCCUCGCGUCGCUUAGGACGGUUGAGGCUCUGAGGGGCAUUCAUUGCGGCGACAAUGACGUCCGCACGGAGGGGCUGGAGGGCAUGAUGUCGGUUGUUGAGAGGCUCUACCGCACGAGCAGGGUCAUGGGAGACGCCGCAAUCGGCAACUACUUCGCAUGCGCGCAAUGGCGAAUCGAACCGCGAGAGCGGUACACGGGGACCUUCGACAUAAAAACAAAAAACCCGGUCCUCUUCAUCGGCAACACCUUCGACGGACACACGCCGCUCGCCUCGGCCAGGAACCUGAGCGCCACCUUCGAGGGGAGCGUUGUCCUCGAAGUGAACGGAUACGGUCACAGUUCACUGGCUGUACCUUCAGCCUGCACCAUCAGGACUACGUCUGCGUACUGGCUGGACGGCACGCUGCCGAACGAGGGUGUGGUCUGCCCGUCGGAUGCGCCGCUGUAUUCGGACGUCACCUGGGCCGAUGUCAUCGCAAAGGUUUACGGGAAUGAUACGGGGCCGGGGCACAAGCGUACUGUUCCUGCUUCGCCAGUAUCGCGAAGUCUCUUCGGUCCUGUACUUCGGCUCAGAUCGGGGGAGAGCGGCUAG